CUUUCCUCCCUCGUCCUACCAGCACAGCUAUUCAUACAGACACUCCCGUGACUGGCGGAGAGCGGGCAUCGUGCGCUCGUCUCCCUUCCGGAAUCAUGGCAGGCACGGCUCUGCCUUCUUGCCUCCAUGUCUAGGAGGGCGUUUUCACGCCGCUGCGGCCUCCAUGGUUGCUAACGUCGGGACCCCUCGACCAAGCUCAAUAUAUCCAUCAACAAUUCCAAGCUCCACGGCCAUCCCAUACCAAGAACCGUUCGCGGCUGCACCGCCGGAGAAUUACAUGAUGCAAGGGAAUCCAACAAAUACAGGUGCUCCGCCGGAGAAACCGUUGGUCCCGAGCAGCACUGCAGAUUGGGAAGCCAAAAAGGAUGUCAUCAGGCAGCUGUACAUGGACGAAAAUCGCAUUUUGAACGAGGUCAUCGAUAUUAUGCACCGCGUUCACAGGUUCAAGGCAACAGCGAGAAUGUACAAAGGCCAGUUCCACAAGUGGGAGUGGUCAAAGUACAACACCAGAAAGGGACGAAGCCAGAACGCCUUGAUGCCCGCUCAGUCCAGGGCAACGAAGAAGCGAGCACACGACGCCGACAACACCGUCAGUAGUGAGACGGCAGCAGCUCACCUUGACUUUGAUCUUCCAACUGUCCAUUCAACUGGGAGCCAAGCUGUGAUGGCAAGAGUUGGAAAUGCGAUGAACACGCCGCUCUUGCAUCAAAACUCCGACUUUCGCAAUGUUGAAUUCUCUCUCGAUGCGUACAAGGCGCUGAUCAAUAUUUGGUCCCCCGGUGACAAGCCAUGGAAGUCUUCGAUUCCGUCACCUCCCACCGCGCCUGCCGGAACCAUACUUCAACAAGUUCAGCAAGCGCUAGCUUUGUUUGACCGGGGGCAGAAUGCAGGAGGAAUCCGAAUCCUGGACUCGGUCAAUGAAAGAAUAGCCUCUGCUCUCACAAUCACCGCAUCCUCUUCUUCUUCGGCAGCCUGUGGUGAAAACAAGACCGGCACCGAGAUCACCACCACCACCACUGCCACCACCGCCACCACUGCAAGCAUCCCCAUCGAAAUCAUAUGGGACUGUUUUCUUGCCGUCCCCCAGCUGAUCCUCACCGCCAACCGGCCCGAGCUACUAAGUCUCUUCAUGGACUACCUCGCCCGCUACGCCAACAUCACCCUGUCGUCGGGGCACCCCCUUACCAAAAUCUCAUGCCAUCUCGCCGCCUUGACCCGUGCGUUUUCCAUCCACCGCCAGCAAAAGAACAAUCACCCCCAAACCAGCCAAGAAGAAGCCCUCAACAUGCUCAAAAUGUAUGUCUCCGAGUCCUGGACCCUCUGGCUCGACCUCAUCACCGAGACACGCGGGCCGAAAGACCAUGUCACCAUCCACCUCCGCCGCGGGUACGCAGUGCUCAUGGAGGAAGACGGCGAUUCCCCGGGACGAGGAAGCUCAAGGUUACUUACCGAUUUUACGUCCAGUCUGGACGAGUCGAUCCAGAUCCGCGGGGAGGAGGCCACCACUGCACGGGUGCUAGAGUUGGAGGAGUUACUGGCCAAGAUGUACAUGCCACUUUUUACGCCAAAGAAGCUGGCCCACGCGGAGAAGAUGCUCAAGGAUGUGAUCACAAAGGUGGUGACGAGGCUGGGGAAAGGGGGGACGAGGGCGGACACAGAAAUGGGGUACAAUGACCGGUUUUUACUCUUCAUUGUCAAGCACUUCUUGGCAAGGAUAGCGGAUCAUGAAGGGAAUUUGGAAGCUGGGCGGAAGUGGAGGAGGGAAAGCUUGGAGACGGAGAAGAACGAUUUGUUUUGGAGGCAGACGUCCCAGAUGGUGGAGGAGGGCUUGAGGGCGGAUGGAAGGGAGGAGGAGGCGGAAGAGAUUAAGCGGGAGAUGGAGGAAGUGAUGCCCAAAGAGGAGUAG